AUGAUUUUGUUUGUAUUAUCAGGAACGAGUAAAAAUUUGAAAACGGUGAGAAGUUUUAACCGUAAUUAUUAUCAAAACAGUUUUUUAGGGAACUUCUUUAUCAAAAGUCAAAGAGCAUAAAGUGGCCGGAGGCAUUCAAUACGAUUAUUCUCAAAAUUCAAAAGUAGAAAAAGCUUACGACGAAUGGCACGACUGCGUUGUGAAAAGACUUGGUGACAAUAUUAAUGACGCGCAAAAGGUCAGCUUUUUUCAAUAUUUUUUUUUCGGAUGGUGAGAUUUCAGCUGUGGGGCGUUUUCCGCGACACGAUAAACGAUUGUAGGACAACCACGGCCAUGAAAAACCUGAACAUGUCUGGCGUUCACAAUAAAGACGAGUUCAAAUUUCAUUUGUUUAAUCAAACUGACGUCAGUCUUUACUUACUUUUUCGAAAAAACACAGAUGCUUCCAGAAAAAUCCAUCUUAUGUCGUUACUCUUGGCGUUGGUUGGGACGUAAAAGCGGAAGAAUUAUUGAAAGGACUUCUUCCAAACGUAAGUAUUUCUAUUUCAAAAGAAGAGAGUGGAAUAAAUUUUCUCAGGGAAGUUUGUUCUUCGGAGCUGAUCCAAUCUACGCCAAAAACGAUGAACUUUUCUCCAAAAUUGGGCAGUUCUACCCAAUUGCAGUGGGAAAUGAGACGAAAGUUUCUCAAGCCUAUGUCAUGCCGCCAGAAAAAAAAGGUAUUUCGACUAUUUUCAAAAAGUUCAAAUAUUAUUUUAAGGCUGGUACGUAUUCCAGACGAUGGUUCACAUUGAUAUCAUAACCUUCCUCAAAAAACUGGUAGCUCAAAAUUUUGUUGACCAACUUUUGAUGGACAACGAAGGUAUUUGACUAUAUUUUUCUUUUUCUGAAGCUUUUUGCAGGUCCUGAGUAUGAUAUUAUUCCAAUGAUGGGGGUGAACCGUGAAUUUGAUGAUAAUGGCUUGGUUGUCUGUCAAAUUAACGCAGAGGUCAGUUCGGGAUUUUUUUGUUUUUGAUAGAAGCGUUUUUUUAACAGUAAAAAAAUCAAAAAAGUCGUGAAAGUUUUUUAAGUAUAGUUUUUUUGUACCGUUUUUCAAAACCAUCUGAAGAAAAUAUAGAAAUCUUAAGUUGAAAAAAAUGCCAGAGAGGACAGUAAAAUUAUAAGCGGAAACAAAAAAACACAUAUUAUGGACAAAAAGAAAGCAAAAAAAUUUUUUUGAAAUGCAGGAGUUGGAUUUGAAAUAUUGAGCCGUGAAUGUUUCGAAAACAAGGAAAAACUGAGAAAUCGAUUAAUAAAUUAAUUUUUAAAAAAAGGUAUUUUUUUGCAGAUUCACAGUGGACAUCCCAAUCACAUGGAGCGGCUGCAAACGAUGUUCCAACAAGUUCUGAAAGACCGCAGAUACGCGGUUCUUUACGUCGUCUCGACAGGACAUCAUCGCACUUUCUUGCUCAACAUGGACAACAAACGCUGUGUCGAGAAAUAUGUUGCUCAGUAUUUCAAAUAG